AAACAGAAGAGUGGCUCGUUAUGGCUUGAAAGAGCCAAACAUUAUAUAAAAUAAGAGUACGAAAUCCAUUUCUCUAUUAGAAGAAUCAACUUGAAUUUGAAAGAGUGAAAAGAAACGAUGGCGUGUGCUAUGAUACCGCUUGAUGAGCAACAGGUGACAGAGGCUACUGGGCCCCUGGGAAAGGAGCGCACCCUGCCAGCCCUGCAUCCAGACAGGAAGGAGGAGCGGUGUUUCGUGCCUUAUAUGCCCCCUCCCGAGGACAGCUCCCCUGCUCAGGUGGAGGAGUACCUGGAGCAUGGCAAGUUCAUCACUGAGGACCUGGACUGGCUGCUGGCCCUGCCACAUGACAAGUUCUGGUGCCAGGUGAUGUUUGAUGAGUCAUUGCAGAAGUGUCUGGAUUCCUACCUACGCCACGCCCCUCGGGGAUUAGACCCCUCCUCACUGCCCUCCUCCCCGGCCGUUGCUGACAUGCAGCGCUGCGUCCACCGAGCCGUCUUUAUGACCUUCCUCAGGAUGGCCACGCACAAGGAGUCCAAGGAGAGCUUUAUAACUCCGACUGUGUUUGGAGAGAUCAUUUACGACAACUUCCUGUUCGACAUUCCCAAGAUCCUGGACCUGUGUGUUCUGUUUGGGAAAGGAAACUCUCAGCUGCUCCAUAAGAUGAUAGAAAACAUCUUCAUCCAGCAGCCGAGUUACUAUGGAGACCUGGAUGAGGCGGUGCCCUCGGUCCUACAGGUUUUGGACACUAUCCUUGCUAAGUGUGGUCUCCAGUGUGAAGGAACCACAGCAAUCGAGCCUCUGAAGCUCAGCUCACACGGCCGACCCACCGCCAUGACCAUGAGUCAACAGGACCUAGUGGAUUUGGUGCUGUAUCUGUGUGAUACCUGUACCACAAUCCAGGCCUUCCUGGACAUCUUCCCUGCUGCCUGCUCCACCUUUCAGUGUCACAGCUUCCUCAACAGACUAGCCUCAUUCUACGAGGUGGCUGUGCCUGACAUAGAGAAGGCUGUGAGGAAAAGAAACUUUGAUGACAAUAGUCUCCAGGAGGACCUGUGGAGGAGGGUGUGUCACGCCCGGAGGAGGAUGGUGGAGAUGGCGCACCUGCUGCUGCAACACACCUGUCUACAGCCCAUACUAGAGGGCUCAGAGAACAUUCAGACAUUUGUGGAGGAACUCCUACAGCAUUUCACUACUUUCCUACCAGAGAAGAGGUUCCUAUCAGACUACGAUGAGCAGUUCCCCAUAGCUGAUGAUAUCAGUCUACUACAGCAGGCCUUCCCUCUCCUAGACGAGACCAGGACAUCGUAUCUGCUCCAGGGAGUGGAGGAUGCCUGGGAUAGCGUGGGCCGGAGGAGAACCCAGUCCAGACCCCAGCAGACACACUCCUCCGCCGGGCUGACCGGCCAGGGAGCAGAGGGUGGAGCUGGGGCCUGGGGUGGAGCUGGGGCAGGGGCCUGGGGGGGGGAGAUGGGAAUCAGAGAGCCAGGGGAAGGAGGGGAGACCCCCAGAGGAGCUGGGGCCAUGCUGGAUACGCCCCAUAAAGGAGACAACGGUGCUGCAUGUACGAUCAGUGCGGGGGAGCUGGAGUCUCUGUUAACCCACAUCAGAGACCUGCUACCAGACCUGGGAGAGGGAUUUCUACUGGCCUGUCUCCACCAGUACAAUUACAGCUCUGAACUGGUCAUUAACUACAUCCUAGAGGACAGACUACACCCUGACCUGGACAAACUGGACAGAGCCAUGCCCAGGCCGGUAAAGGAGGAGCUGCCUCCUGUCCUCAGCACCAGGUCCAACGUGUUUGACGAUGAUGAGUUUGAUGUCUUCAACAGAGACCAGGUGGACAUGACCCGCGUCUGGAAGGGCCGGAGGAAAGGAGAGAGUGUGCGGGACCUGCUAAAUGACAAGCAGCACAUAGCAGAGCAGAAGGAACGCUACCUGACCUAUGAGACUGUGGUGGAUGAGGUCAUCGUGACUCCCAGCGAAUCAGGAGCCGUCUACAAUCUGGACGAUUAUGAUGAUGAGUAUGAUGACACAUACGACGUCAACCAAGUAGGAGCCAAUGAUCUGGACGGAGACGCCAACCUGCUCAAUCGCAGGCCGUUCACCAUCCCUCAGGUCCUUCGGCAGGGAGGCAGACCACAGAUGCAGGAGGAGAAUGUAGAGGAGGGGGAGGAAGAGGACGAGAAGGACAGUGCUGUGAAGAGAGACCAGUUUGUUCAGGACCCAGCUCUGCUGAGAGAGAGGGCAGAGGCAAGGAGAGCUACCAUGCAACACAGGAAGGGGUACCGUCCGGAGCCUGCCAGAGAGCGAGACGUGGUGGGUAAACCUAAAGGCCAGGGCCAGUCUACAGAGACCCUUCUGGACCGACGCAAGAAGGAGGCCCAUAAGAGCAGGGGAGCCAACCACAACCGCAGGGCGAUGUCCGACCGCAAGAGGAACAAAGGUAUGAUCCCCUCCUGAUGAUGAUAAGUGCUGCCAUGGAGACCCACCAACUGACCUACCGGACGGUGCGUACAAGACGGGACGACGUGGCAAAGAAAUAAAAAGAGAAGAAAAGGAAAGAGAGAGAGAGAGACUCUCGGCUCAGAGGUCAAAGGUCAUGAGCCCUGAUUGAUGACCCCUCCCAGAGUCCUCUUCAUCAGUCAGAUUAUCUUUCUACCGGGAUUCACCGACCAGGCCAUUUUUAUUGACCUUUUUCUGUUCUCUUUUAGGUAAAACAUUCUAGUUUUCCAUUUUCUAUCACAAAGGGCCACAAAUGAUUAGUUCAAUGAUAACAGAACUUUGGUUGCCAAGUGGCCUGUUGGUGGGAUGUUUAGAGACAUGUUUGAAUUUGAAAGUUUCAGUUUGUCCAAUAUGAUUUGUAGAUUGAUUCAGUUAAAGCAAAGUGCUGACUGAAUGGAGUGAGUGAGUGAAGGACAAACAAGAUUUAUUUUUGCCAUGUAACAAAUCAAUUUAUUAAGAUUUGGAGUGAUGGAAUCGUUAGCAAAUGAACAAGAAACAUACGACUGAAAGGAGAGAGAGGAGACGCCAACGGGACAAGAGAAGCAGGGCGACCGGCCUGACUGUCAGACUGAAACCUCUGUCUGCUGGAUCUGGGAGAACAACGAACCCACAACCUGUCAGUUAAAUACAGGUCUAGACAUCAAAACGUCAGGCAGGCCAGGACCAGAGGUGGCAGCGUGUGUGUGUGGAAUAUCUGAGCGAAGUGAGAGAGUGUGUGUGUGUGUGGUAGUUAAUGUCUCCUCACCCAGCCAAUCCCCACCCACCAUGUUUCAGCCUCAACCCAAAAAGUGAGCCGUUAUAACAACACAGUCCUGUGUGUGUUUGGAAGAGUAGCCUAAGAGGGGACAAAUGUCAUGACAUCGAACAGCUUCUAGAGGCUUCUACGACUCGCCAUGCACAACUACUUUAUAACAAGAGAAUCAUAUAGAAAGAUCUAUGAGCAUUUUUGUAAAAAAAAAAAAAAAAAAAAGGACAUUACAAUUUGCUUUUUGAAGUUCUCUUUAAAAACAAACAAAAUAAUAAAUACAUUUAAUACUGUGGUUCGAGAGCUUUUCUCAAUGGAGUAUUCCUGUGCGAACUGAGCGGUGACUUUAAUGUGUUCAAGUGGCAGCGAUGGCUGAAUGAUACCAUAGGUGCGGCUAUAUUUCUCUAGUGAUUAGCUGAUGGUAGGAAGCAUUUAGAGUAUUCACAUUUCCCUAUAAGGUGUUGCUAGAUCCUCUUGUGGGAUAUGGUUGAAGUGCGAUCCAAGUGGCUCCAUUUGACCUUUCACCUUUCCAUACUAUACUCAUUGUUUAGCCAAGGUCAAGUCUGUUUCAGUUCUGCAAGGUCACUGUGGUUUAUAAUAAAAUAACUAAUAAGGACUACAUAAAGGAUUAAUAUAACAUAAGUACUGUCAAGUAGUAGACCGUAAGCGUGGAUGUCUUUGAAGGGUGUUUGUAACUUGUCUGUCUCUUCUGCUACUCUGGUUAUCUGGUGAAAAAGGCAUUUACCUCACAGAGCAGUCUCUCUAUAUAGAGUUUAACAAAAGUAUGGUUAACAAUUUAAUUUUCUCUCUUUAUCUCCCUGCCCUUAUUCCUAUUAAUUCAGAAUUAAUACAAACUUUGAAAUUAUACUCCUUAGAGUACACAAUAAUAGUCUGGUUGAAAUGAGUCCACAUCUAUAAUUUUUU